UUAAAGAGAUCUGAUCUCUCUCAUUUGAAAAUAGCGAUAACAGAUCUCUGAACAGAGAUUCAGAUUAGAGCUAGAGAACUAGGUUAAGAUCUGAUCAAUCAUAAACCUGAAAUCUCUUCUUCGCCGGAGACGACGACGACGACGACGACGACGAUGGGGAAGGGAAGCGCAUUGAGCGAAGGAGUUAUAAGGAAGAUAAUUGUAUCGUAUGCUUAUGUAGCGGUGUGGAUCUUCCUUAGUUUCACCGUCAUUGUCUACAACAAGUACAUUCUCGAUCGGAAAAUGUAUGAUUGGCCAUUCCCGAUCUCUCUCACCAUGAUCCACAUGGCUUUCUGCUCUUCCCUCGCCUUCCUCCUCAUCCGCGUCUUCAAGAUCGUGGAACCAGCUUCAUUAUCACGCGAAAUGUAUCUCAAAUCCGUCGUUCCUAUUGGCGCUCUCUAUUCACUAAGUCUCUGGUUCUCAAAUUCUGCUUACAUAUAUCUUUCCGUUUCCUUUAUUCAAAUGCUCAAGGCUUUAAUGCCAGUAGCUGUUUAUUCAAUCGGCGUAAUGCUGAAAAAGGAUCAGUUCAAAUCAGAUACAAUGAUCAAUAUGGUCUCGAUUUCAGUCGGUGUCGCCAUCGCCGCAUACGGCGAGGCUAAAUUCGACGGUUUCGGUGUUAGUCUUCAACUAGCUGCAGUAGCGUUUGAGGCGACUCGGCUAGUGUUGAUCCAGAUUCUACUUACAUCCAAGGGUAUUACAUUGAAUCCAAUCACUUCUCUCUAUUACGUUGCUCCUUGUUGUUUAGUUUUUCUCUCCGUUCCUUGGUUUGUUGUGGAGUUACCUUUGUUGAAGGAACAGACGUCAGGGUUUCAUUUUGAUUUCGCUAUAUUCGGUACGAAUUCAUUCUGUGCAUUUGCUUUGAACCUAGCUGUGUUUCUAUUGGUUGGGAAGACUUCGGCUUUGACGAUGAAUGUGGCUGGUGUUGUUAAGGACUGGCUGCUGAUUGCAUUCUCGUGGUCGGUGAUUAAGGAUACUGUAACGCCUGUGAAUUUGAUUGGGUAUGGGAUGGCGUUCUUUGGCGUGGCGUAUUAUAAUCAUGCGAAACUUCAGUCGCUUAAAGCAAAGGAUGCACAGAAGAAAGCUGUAAUGCUUGAGAAAGAGGAGGCCGGAAAGUUGUUGGAAGAGGGACAAAGACAGAAUGGUUCUGGCCGGAAUAGCAGCGAGUCGUCGGAUGAUUGAUUGAUUUUGGUUUGAAUUCGAUUUCUAACUCAAAGCUUGUUAACAGUGAGGAUGGAUAGAAGCAUUUUUCCUUCUUACAUUGAUGAUGAUGAAAGGUAACAAACAGUUUAUCUAAAAAGUAUUUUGUAGCCUAAUGGUUAAUUUCCUCCAUUGUAAUAGAAUGAAAUCUACAUUAUUCUUAUUAUUAUUAAGAACCCUUUUAACCCUCUUUUUCA